AUGCCAUUCGAUACCGAACAAUUUAUUUUAGAAAUACAGCAAAAUAACUGUAUAUGGGAUAAACAGGCAAAAAGUCAUCAUGAUUUGCAACAGCUACAUGUUGGUUGGACAAAUGUAGCCAAGACUUGUUCUGAAAAGUUUGAAGAACUUGAUGACAGCAAGAAGGCAGAAAAAAGGCAGAAAAAAGUAAGAUUUCAUAUUAUUAUAUACCUAUAA